AUGGUGGACCGUAAAGGGACGGAGGCGGCGGCGAAGCACUCGUAUUCCAUUCCCGCCCCGUCUUUCCCAACGCACAACUCGCCGAGGACAUGGUUCCUCACCACAGCCCUCUCGCCGCUCAUCAUCCGGCUCAUCAGGCUGCUGCUCGCCCACGGCGACUACGUCGUCGCCUGUCUGCCGCCCAGUGAGAUCGAAGACGACGGCCGCAGCGCCGAGUUCCGCGAGCUCAUCGACGAGUGCAAGAGCAACCGCAAGGACCGCGAGGGGUGGAAGGACAGGAUACGCGGCAUCCGCUGCGAUGGCCGCGUCAUGGGCCAGUGCGGUGCCGCCGUCGCCGAGGCGGUCCAGGUGUUUGGCCGCAUAGACAUCCUGCUGUGUUGCAGAUCCGAAGCCGUCGUGGGAAGCGUCGAGGAGCUCUCUACGACUCCCCAGACCCAGAAUCUUGUCCGCGACCAGUUCGAGACAAUCUUCUUCUCGCAGGUCAACUUUAUCAAAGCCGCCCUGCCGCUCCUCCGCUCCCAGCACACAGGGCACAUCAUGAUCCUCUCCAGCACGGGCGGUCACCUCGGCACGCCGGGGAUGCCCAUCUACACCUCGGCCAUCUGGGCGCUCGAGGGGUUCUGCGACUCGCUCGCGUACGAGAUCGCGCCCUUCAAUAUCAAGGUCACAAUCGUCCAGCCCAACAAGGAGAUCCAGUCCCUCACCAACAAGAUUAUCUUCGCGCCCCAGCUGCCAUGGUACGAUUCGGAGGUCAACCCGGCCCCCAGCGUCCGCGACAUGCUUGGCAACCUCCUUAACAUGAACCCCGAGACCGCCAUGCCGGACCCCAACGAGACGGACGAGGUUCAGGUCAGGUACCCGAAGUUGCCGCCCAGCGCCACGGACAGGCUGGUGAUGGAGACAGUGCAUGCGCUGACGGCCAUCGGGGGGCACGAAAACCCGCCUGCGAGGCAUAUCGUCGGGUUCGAGGGUGCUGCUGCGGUCAAGGAGAAGCUAAAAACGGUGACCGAGGAAUUGGAGGACUUCGUAGACGCGAGCCUGUCCGUUGACAUAUUUGACAGCGAGCUCAAGGCCGAGGCGAAGGAAGGAAAGACGACGGAAUCGCCACCGCCAGCACCGCCAUCUAUCGCGUCGGGUUGA